GGAACAAGCAUUGUGGAGGAGCUGGUUCAGAUGGCACGAGAGCGCGAGCGGGAGAGUAUAGCAGGCAACCUUAGCAGCAGUACCACCAAUCCCAACCAACACAGUCACCAGAACCAGUAGCAUCUCGUGAAUCUUAGAGCAUCCGAUCGAACUGAGAAUACCUUGUCCAGUGCCCAAACCAGCUGGGGAAGCACAAGAACACACGUGCGUGGCUAUUUAUUUCUUCAUCAGUAUUAAUUGCUUGUCAAGCCAGCAUUUUGUACAGAAUAAAAUAGGAGCUAGAUGCUUGCCUAUCUGCUACAUUCGAGACAUUUGAUUGUAGCUGCUGCUUUUGGGAAGACGGUUGCAAACUAUAUCAGCUGUGGGUACCUGUCGGUAAAGGAAAAUAACAGCUAGCAGAAAGAAUCUGGGGGCGUUGCUGGUUUAAAACCCAAGGCGACGUGUUGUGUCCCUUUCCUUUGGCACAAUGUACAAUGCACUUUGAUUUGUGACUGUGCUACCUCAAAGUUCAAACAAUCCACUUUCCAGGCCAAGGAACCAAGGUGUUCACGAGAAGUUGACUAAAUUCCUGUUUCCUACUCUUUCGUCUGUGUUCUUUUUCUUAAAUUUAUUUAAGAAGAUCCAAAGCUUUCUGACUAAUUUGCUUGUCCUUUCUCCAUUUCCAGCAGCUGGAGCCCAAACCAAAGACCAUGGUGCACUGUGCAGGGUGUGAGAGGCCCAUUUUGGACCGAUUUUUGUUAAAUGUUCUGGACAGGGCAUGGCAUGUCAAAUGUGUACAAUGCUGUGAAUGUAAAUGCAAUCUGACUGAAAAAUGUUUUUCCAGAGAAGGAAAGCUUUACUGCAAGAAUGAUUUUUUUCGGCGUUUUGGCACGAAGUGUGCGGGCUGCGCCCAGGGAAUAUCUCCCAACGACUUGGUCAGGAGGGCGAGAAGCAAAGUGUUUCACUUGAACUGUUUUACUUGUAUGAUGUGUAACAAACAGCUCUCCACGGGAGAGGAACUCUACAUCAUAGACGAAAACAAAUUUGUCUGCAAAGAAGAUUACCUAAGCAGCAGUAAUUCCACAAAAGAAAACAGUCUACUUUCAAUAACACCAGGUAGUGACCCUAGUUUAUCCCCCGAUUCACAAGACCCCCUCCAAGACGACGCAAAGGACUCAGAAAGCGCUAAUGUUUCGGAUAAAGAAACGGGGAUUAAUGAAAAUGACGACCAGAAUUUGGGGGCAAAGAGGCGAGGACCUAGAACCACCAUUAAAGCCAAGCAGCUGGAAACCUUGAAGGCUGCGUUUGCAGCAACUCCUAAACCUACAAGGCACAUCAGGGAACAGCUGGCGCAGGAGACGGGACUGAACAUGAGAGUUAUACAGGUGUGGUUCCAGAACCGGCGUUCCAAGGAGAGGCGGAUGAAACAGCUGAGCGCGCUCGGGGCCCGCAGGCACGCCUUUUUCCGGAGCCCCCGACGGAUGAGGCCCUUGGUGGACAGGCUGGAGCCCGGAGAGCUUAUUCCUAACGGCCCUUUCUCCUAUUAUGGAGAUUAUCAGACUGAAUAUUAUGGCCCAGGAGGGAACUAUGACUUUUUUCCACAAGGGCCACCUUCUUCACAAGCCCAGACUCCAGUAGACCUCCCAUUUGUUCCAUCUUCUGGACCAACGGGCACUCCCUUAGGUGGAAUGGACCAUCCAAUACCUGGACAUCAUCCUUCUAGUGAGUCACAACGCUUCACUGACAUAAUGUCACACCCCCCUGGAGAUUCACCAAGUCCAGAGCCAAACUUGCCAGGUUCUCUGCACUCCAUGUCUACAGAAGUAUUUGGUCCAAGUCCUCCCUUCACAUCGUUGUCUGUUAACGGAGGGGGGUACAGUAACCAUUUGUCACAUCCACCAACAGAAAUGAAUGAGGCAGCUGUCUGGUAGCUUUAAGACUAAAUCAAAGGGGUUGCCAUAGACAUUCAGCUUAUGUCACGGUGUACAGAAGUGAAAAAUAACUGUCCUCCCAGCUCUAGAAAACACCCCUUUGAACUAAACCAACCUCAGAUGGCUCUAAAACAAGCUUCCCUGUACCCAAAAUGAACACUGUUCACAAUAUUUAUAAGGAAAUGAGACAUAUUUUGUAUUAGUAUGACCCCAUUAAACUGUAACAUAAUGAGUAUUCCAUAGCAUACGGUGACACCAUCUGUCGACACUACUGGACUGCAGUUAAAAAAGAAUUAAUUUAAACUGCUUGUGAUACAAGAAAGCUCAAGAAGAAAGAAGCUGCAAUAACUCAAGCAUUCUUUACUGGGGAAGAUCUUGUGUUAAUGUUAUUAAUUCAGUUAGACCAUAUUUCUUUACUCACAGCUCUCAACAAAGAACUGCUUGAGUUUUACAGUGGUCAACCUGUCUUAUGUCAGGCUAAAAGAAAUAAUGAAGAACAUUUUAAAGCCCUCAGAAUCAACUCUUCUACCUUCAAAAAGCUAAACAAAUAUCCUCAGAAAAGAAGGUCUCAAAAAAACCCUCAAAUAGACUUGAAAUGCAAAUGAAGUAUUCUACAAAAAAAAUCAAAAGCUGAACAAAAUGACUUGCAUAACUAACAACAGUCAACUGUUUACGUAUAAUAUUUAAUUCAGGAGUUUAAUGUUUUAGUAAUAAUAUUGUUUUAGAACCUCUUCUUUCAGAACAAAAUGUUUUAAGCAACCAACCAAACUUUUUAAUUUUUCUUAUAGACAUUCAAAGCAAGUUUGCUGGGCUUGUUGUUCACUGUGCUAGUUUGUAAAAGGUGUUGUUUACAGAGGAGAAAGAAAUAAAAACAUGAACAAUAGACAGUUGCCAAAUAUAGCAAUUAUAGCACAAAUACUGUAAGGUGUUUUGCACCACCAUCUGGAGAACAUGUUUUAAAAAAGUGUUUAAAAGUAUUAAACAUUUUUGCUAAUUUUUAGUCCUGUCCUACAUUCAUGAAUUGUUAAUAUGACUUAUAUAGACCCACACAGGUUUUAUUUUUGUGUCUUUAAAAAGUCCAAAAUAUUUAAAUUUUAUGGUCAAAUAUGCUGUCAGCAGCUGCUACUUCUUUCUUUAUAUAUAUCAGAUUUCUCAUAUGUCUUUUAUUGUUCAAAUAAACCUAAGCUUGUGUGACCUCCAGUGCAUAUUAGACCAUUCACUGUAUGAAAAAAGAAACAUGUUGGAUAAGUAUGUGAGUUUUUAAUAAAACUAGAAAAUCUGUUUA